CAAAAAAUCGCUCCUACCGAGGCCGCUGGGGAGAGCGAUUGAUUGUAUCAAGCAACAAUGCCAAUGCUCCCUGUACAUAAGAUGUGAGGAGUCUUUGCAUCAUCUCGAACCGCUGUCCGCACCGCGGACAGCGUGGCGGGGAACAAAUCAUGUCGUCCAGUAUCUCAUCUCACAACCGCGACGACCGGGCUGCGGCGGGGGUACCAAGGCUGCGCAAAAGGUGUACUAUGACGGGUCCUCUGCUGCACGGAUUCUUGCACUGUCUGGCUCUCGUUGCGUCUCUGAGCCAGCACUUCUCCGUCGUCUUCGACGUUGCGCAGGCCCAGAAGGUCCCCUCGCCGGGCGAGCUCGACGGGAUUUACCGGAUUUUCGAAAAAAGCACCGGGCGCUACCUGGAUUCUCCGGACGGUGAAGCCUUGCAAACGUCGAAUGGUGCGAGCAACAGCUGGUCGCAGGACUGGAUAGUGCGUCGCGCCGAAAAGGAUGACACCUACACACUGCAGCAGGUGCAAAGCGGCCGGUUUGUGGCCGGAGGAUCUGGUGGAACAGAACAUCAAGGUCCUCGUGGCAGCUCCCAGCCGGAGCACCAGCAAGUUGUUUUUUCGCUCCAGCCACCGGAUCUCGGGAACCAUCAGCGAUGGGUUCUGCGUAUCAAAUGCAAAAAUGUCUCGGUCUGGAAGAUUGCGAGUUUUGUCAUGCUUGUCUGGCAUGACCAAAAAGUUUGUGAUGCGUGUCCAAGACGAGACCCUUUUGCCUGUCAUGCAAAAACGCAGUUUGUCAUUCGAAAAACGCAACACAAAGAAGCGCAGAUAUUUCUCAUGCUUGUCUAUGCAUUGCAGAGCAUUCACUAUUUCCAACGCAGCAUUACAAGUUUCCAGACCCAGACAUUUUUGCAUUUCAUACUGCGGCUGCGGGAGAUUGCCGAGGGAGAGCCUCUAUCCUGUGCAAAAGUAUCGUACUCGUACAAAUGCAAGUCUUGCAUUACAAAUCUUGUUUCCAAGGCAAAUCUGCAUUACAAAUUAUAUUUUUCAUGCUGGGGGAAUUUGUAAUGCAUUUAUACGAGUACGAUAGAUACCAUACUUUUGCACUGCAUAGCCUCUCAGCCACGAGGUGAUCCAGGAGUCCAGUGCGCAGAAGCUAGAGGUUCCAGUGCACGACGACAGCACGACAUCUUCAGGUGGACCUGGCAGUAACGGGAUGCUCACACGACGUCCAGGGGGAGCACCACUUUCUCGUCCAGAGGUGACCGUUGCUUCGUCCUCCACUGCGUCUGGUUCGUCUACUGAUGUCGAAGAACAAAACGGACCAACAAGCGGUUUGUGGGUGUUCGAAAAGGUUCGGGACCUGAUUGCGCUGUCCGGUGUGUAUAUCGCAAGAAAAAACUGUUUCGCUGUGAACUUGUGAUGCAGAAAAUGAAGCACCAAAGUGUCUGUCUUGCUACACCUGCAAGACAUUGGAUUUCCAAGCGUGUUUUCCCUUGAAAAGCGCGCAUGGCAAAUAUUCUGCGUCAUGUGUAACAAAUUUGUAAUGCAGGUCUUGCAAAAUCGUCACAGACACAGUGAAAUAGUUUUUUUGUGGGAUGGUCUAUUCGGUGAAGCAGAAAAACACGGAUUUGGCCCUGGAUUCCGUCUCGCUGACGCAGCUGGGUAUGAAGCCCCUGGACCUGACCGCCGACUCCCAGAAAUGGGAGUUUUCACUUGUGUAUCCAAGGCAAAAGUAUUAAAUCGCGCUCGUUGUACUUACCCGUAGCAUUAUGGUACAAGAGAUUUCUGCUAGAAAUGGUGAGCUGGACAAUUAUAGCUGUGGCUGUCGCAGCCUUACUUUGAAAAAUUUGUGAAGAUGCAAUUUAUACUAGAGGGGCUCGCUUAUGCCUUUGCAUUGCAUAUUGUCCAGGGCAGCGUGUACACGAUCGACCAAUGGAGCUCUGGUCGGUACAUGGACGCGGUCGAACGGGAAAACGCGACGUUUGCGUACCAGUAUUAUGGAUUGCAAAAAUGUCUGGGUCUGGAAGAUUGCAACUUGUCGUGCUAAAGCCGAAUCAUGCAAAAAUCUGUGUUGCAUGACUGCCAAAAGUUCGUUGUCCACUUUCGACCAAUUUGGGAGGGAGUUUCUUAUGCAGGAUAAGCAUGACAGAGACCUCACAGACUCUGUCAUGCUAGGUCCCGCAUGCCAGACCUCAUGGGUCAUGGAGAACCUGCAUGACAAGUUUACACCCUUCCAGACCCAGACACUUUUGCAAUUCAUAAGUAUGCGGGCACACUGAAACUGGCAGAGGGGGACGCGUCGCAGCUCUGGUACUUGCAGUAUGGGGUUCUCAACUGUUACAUUCUCAACUGUUACAUUCUCAACUGUUACAUGAAUUUGUCAUGCAAGACUGGCAAAACUGAAAGGAGGAAGAUUGCGCCUUUUGCAUUACAAGUUUGGCGCAGAUUUAGAUGUUGUUCAGCCCUUCCGAUAUUUGUCAUGCGAAGCAGCUCGAUCAUCUGCCGGCUGAAGGCACUUUUGCAUGACAGACCCAUGUAACAGUUGAGAAUGUAACGUUUGAGAACGCCAUAUGCAGCCGUUGAAGCUGAACAGCGGGAACAGCGCCGAGUGGCGCAUCGUACAGUGCUCGACGGGCCGGGUACUGGACGCGUUUGAUGUAGGGCCGCAGCUGACCACUGGUUCUGCAGCGGUGCCGGGUGGUAGUUCAGCCGGGCUUCAGGGUGGUUCCAGUACUGGUUUCCUCGGUGGAAGCAGCGAGUCUAGUACAACCACACAACUGGCAGCGCCAACUGUGGCAUCGGCAGCGGGGGGGCGUGCUCCGACGGUGGGACCUUUGAGCAUGGUACAGCAGCACGAAGAGGAGAAUUUCAAGUUAAACAAGCAGAAGCAACUACUCCGCACAUCCACAAAUACCGCGAAAAAAGAAAAGCGUCAUGCGGCAAAUGAAGCUUCCAGUUCCACCGCCGCUGUCCGUCUGCUGCACACCACGGCGGCUGGGAUUAGCGACAAGCAGGAGAACUUUUCGCAGAAGUGGGUCACGCUGCCCAUCCAGAAGAAGCCAAGCUUUGAUGGGUACUACGCCCUGAGACAGCUGUCCUCGGGGAAGUACCUCAGUAUGGCUUCCGCCGCUAGUCCCCUGGCGGGGCUGCUGCUCGUCGACGGACCUCCAAGUGAAAUGAAACUACCAGCGGGCUCAGCAGGAAGCGAAGCAGCGUUGUCCUCGACGAUGAAUGGUGCUACUUCAAGGGCCCCGAUUCGGAUUAUUACCGGGAAUAAAGCUUCUGCAGAAGCCCCCGCAGAGGGGCAGGUCGCGACUGAUGCAGCUGCUUCGUUCGGAAGCAGUCAGUCUCAGGCUCGUGCCGUGACUGGUGCUCCUUCGCAGUCAGGUAUCGUAAGUGCAUCGCCUGCUGGGCCUACUCCUGCACAAGGACCACCAGCUGCUAGCAGUAGCGCGUCUUCCUCAGUCACCAGCAUUGCAAGGCCAGUGUCGUCGCUGGUGUCGGAGCAGGAAGAGAGCAGAAAGAGAUCUCGUUCCUUUCUACAGCACAAGGACCAGCACGACGAAGGUUCUUACGACAGCGCCAGCGCGGUUGUAGCUGAGCAGCACGAAUCUACCCAAGAGGCGGGAAUAUUGAAAUCUGCACUCGCUCGCAGCACGACGACCGCGUGGCGCAUUAAGCCAAUCGGGCAUGGGGCUCUGUACUCGCUUCUCGCGGGGGGCGACGCGGACGCGCUCUUCCUAGAUUCGUUUGUGUCGAUGUCUGCUAGUACAACAACUGGCGCAAGAAACUACACUACAAUAGGUGUGAGCACUACGAAAAAUUUCGGCAGCAGGGAGAGUGCAACCACAUCAUCAAGAAGCGCAAAUCAGAAGCACGCAACGUACCUCUCAAAAAUGAAACACCGUGACCGGUCGCAAAAGUGGCUAGUGCGAUGGGUGAAGGGCAACGUUGUGCGAAUUUUAAAGCACGAGAAUGGAGAGGCGCUAGAUUCCGAUACCGUUCCAGUGGCUCCUGGACUACAGGCGAACAACAGCUUUGUUACCGUGACCUCCACCAAGCCGUCAGACCCGAACUCCGCGUCGCAACAGUGGGAACUGGUCAUGGUGAAAUCGGACUGCAAAAGCAGUGUGACCUCCUGCGACCACUUCGACUGUGGGUUCAUCGAGGACGGCUGCGGGGGCUUCGUGUACUGCGGGAACCACAACUUACUACGCCAGGCGGCGUUGAAGCAGCAGGCAGCCCUGGACGCGGAGAACAGGGAAGUAGCAGCAAAGUCCGGCUCGGGGUCGUCGAAUGCGCCAAGUGGUCUUUCUGGUAGUACAUCGCUGUUGCAAGAACACUUCUUUGCGGCUUUUUCCACAAAGAAGCGGAGUAGAGCUGCUGCCUUGGCACACCAAGCUCCAGGUAGUUCGAUAGCACGUAGUACAUCUUCAACCCCGUUGUUCAGUGGAACAAGCACGAGUUCAGCUGGAUCCGCCUCGGGAAGUACUGCAGGUGGAGCCGCGAAGAUGGCAGAGGAACCUUCAGCGCCAAUCGGGGAGGUGCGUUUUUUACUACCUGGAGCUUCAUCAUCUUCUUCGACCUCUGGCUCUGGGUCGUCCUCGUCGUCCGGAGGUCGUACCAACAGAAGUCCUUCCGCCCUGCCAGAAGACGUCAUUGCUACCGUGGACUACUCCGCGCUCCCUUUCGUCGCACAGAAAUCCGCGGCGAAGAUUGUGGAGGCUCUGACGCGGACACUGGAGAAGUACGUGCAAUCUUGUGCGGCGGAAAAAAGUGAAACUCAAACUACAUCAAGUUCUACUGCUUCAAACAGGCUUAAAAAAAGCUACAACUCCCUGACGAACAACCCAGGCGUGUGCGUGCAGAACCAGUGUGUGUGCCAGCCGAAGGCGAAGUGCAGCCACAACAAGGGCUGCGGGUUCGAGCCCGACGGGUGCGGAAACCAAAUCGCGUGUGGCGCGCGGUCGCUGCCGCCCGUGACGUCCCCCGGGUACGUGGAUGUGAUGCGAAAUUUUUUGCAACUGACCGACCCGCGGCGCACGGCGGAACCGCUGAAAUCCUUUUGCGCGGAACGAAACACGGAGACGAACGAACCAUACACCUGCGGGUUCUAUGAGUUGGAUAUGAAAUGUAAAAAUGUCUGGGUCUGGAAGAAUGCAACUUGUCAUGCUAAAUCUGAAGCAUGCAAAAAUCUGUGUUGCAUGACUACCAAAAGUCGUCCAGUUUUGACCAAGUCGGGAGGGAGUUUCUCAUGCAGGAUAGGCAUGAGAGAGAUCGCGCAGAGUCUGUCAUGCUAAGUCCUGCAUUCCAGACCUCAUGGGUCAUAGAAAAGCUGCGUGACAAGUCGCGCACUCUUCCAGACCCAGACACUUUUGCAUUUGAAAUUGGAGUAUUGGAACCAAAAACCACCUGCUGCUGCGUUUUCUUCUGCUGGCUCCUUUUCAACAUCCGGAGGGGGGUCCUUGAUGGUGCCCACCGCAUCUUCGACUGGCAGCGCCGCUGCUCUGCAACUGGCAUUACUGUCGACCCCGGAAGUAGUAGAUCAUUACAGGUAUGCUAGCGCUGGCGCACAAGCUGAACCUGAAGCUGCACAUCAUGCGGGAGCGGUUCCUCUGUCGCUGUGGGCUUUGUCGCAGCCGUUGGAGCUGUUUCAGUGCCGUUGCACGGUGAAGGCGCAGUGCGACGAGGGUCUGACGUGCGGCACGCAGUUGGACGGUUGCGGCGGGAAGGUGUCCUGCGGCGUUUGCCAAAACGCCCAGGACCGGUGCGUGCAGAACAAGUGCGUGUGUGAAAAGAAAAAGUGCGCCUCCACCUGUGGGGAGGAAGACGACGGCUGCGGCGGAAAGAUCCAGUGUGGCAAGUGCAAGGAGGCCUGGCAGGUCUGCAAGGCAACAUCUUCGUCGGGAAUGGAAGCCGGGAAAAAGAUGAACAGCUGCCAAUGUACAUAUGCUUGCGCUUAUUUUUGAGAGUUUUGUGCGUAAGGCUAAGGGUAAGUAUCUAGUGCAAUCUUUCCUGUACUUGGAGGGGAUGGGGAUUCAACAGACUACAUGCACCUGGUUUUUCACAUCACCGAAGUAGACCCGAAAUAUUAUCUGUGCCAAAUCACGGUGGAGGAAAAGGAAUCGGAAAGACAAAAACAUAUUUCAGGCAAGACGAAGCCGCGCACGCAGUGCACCCCUGCGGAGUGCGGCAAAGAGGUGGAUGACGGGUGCGGCAAGAAACUGACCUGUCCGAAGUGCCCCCCGCCGGAAAAGCCGGUGGUCGUAGCCGCCACAACAACGCCGCCGCCGGUCCUUCCCAGCGAUCCCACCCUGCAAUCGCAGGCGGAGCAGGCAGCACGGAAGAAGGUCUCGGAGUUGUGUCAGCAUUUCGACGCGCAUUUAUUGUUCUCGGGUAGUAGUAGCAGUGCGAGGUCAACAUCUACCGGCGGAAGUAGACCUCCUGUCGGCUCGUUUAUGUCCUCCGGCGGCGUUCUCGGACGUCGUGCACGAGUACAACUACCGCGAGAUGAAGACACGCAGCUCGUGCAGCAAGGUCCUCCUGAUAUGAACGAUUUGGCAGCCGGUGCUGGAACUACUGGAGAGCAGGUGAUCAUGGGGGCUCCUGGAAGCAGUUCCGCAAUGGGAAGCACUGACGCACUUGUUUCCCCGGGAGAUGAAGUAGAUAGGGGGACCAACGGUGGAGCAGGAAUUGUGAAAACGACUACAGGUAGUAGUUCGGUGUCAGGCGGCUCUGGUGGAACAUCAGGUGGAUCUACUUCACCACCGUCUGUCGGCAGCUCGGCGAUUCCGGUCCCGGCUUGUUGUGUAAUCAGCUCGCCCUUUGGCGGCACGCCGCUCGAGGUGGUCACUGCCAGUGCGCGCGCCUCCUUGCUGGUCCUAUCCACAAAAAAGGACCCAUCCUCGUCCAAUUUGUCAUGCGAAACAUGUCACGUGUUGGCCAUGCAAAAAUGGAUGAGGGAGGAUCUUUUUCUGUGCAUAGGUUCUCGACGAAACGUACAAGUCCGCCCUGCAACAGGCGCACGCCGCCGUCGCCCGCGCGCCGAUUGCGGCGGUGCACGGGGCGCGGACGGAGCUCUUGGACCUGUUUGCGCGCGCGGAGGCCGAACUGAAACACGUUGUGAAGAACAGUGUCAAAUUUCUGCAAAACGAGAACGCGGAAAAGGAUGUAGAUGCACUGGUGCACUACCAUUUUUUGCAGAACUACUUGGUCCCAUUGGGGUUGCAAAAUCGCGAAGAAUUCAUCGCCACCGGUGUGCCGGGAAGCUUGGUGACGUGGUCCUCGGGGAGUGCAGGUAGCUCUGGGUCUGCAGCAUCGUCCUUCAGUGGCUCCUCUACUUCCGGGUCAUUUUCGAGCGAUUCAGAGAUCAAGCCUCGUCGAGCCGCCGGAAGCUCGUUGAGAAAUGUUCUGGGUGCGUUGCUGGCGCAGCAGCCAGAAGUAGCAGAUGAACCGGGUGGGGAAGGAGCAACAGGAGCAGCUUCGGUCGACAGCAUCGCGCAGCCGUUAGAUAAUGCAAGCAGUGCAGGAGAGGUCCCGGCCACAGUGUCGAGGAGGGCAAGCGCAGGGCGGAUUGGCAGCUCUUCUUCUGAAUUACGCGCUUUUUCCGCAGGCGGUGCCGGAUCUUCUUUUUCCGGCAGCGGUUACUUUUCCAGUCCCUUCGAGUAUCAGCCGCGUGAAUCGAUCCGCCCCUUCGCGCCGACCGGGGUGGGGCUGUCCGCAGCGCAGUUCGCGGGCCGCGAGCACACUCUGGAGCGAGCUCUUGCGAACCGUGGCACUGCGACGGCCUUGGGCGUUCUCCGGGAAAACUUCGGCGAAGACAUCAUUCCACAAGGUGCUGGUGGAAGCAGCGGUUUUAGUGCCCGUGGAUCUGGAUCCUUCUCCGGUCCGGCUGGCAGCGCUUCAUCUUCGGUUCUUUCCGGCAGUGCUGGUGGAAGCGCGUCACCUCCUGGGACGAGUCGUUCUACUUCCACGUUUUCGACCUUUAUUCCAGGAUCUUCAGCAUCCUCCGCAAAAAAGACCGACGGGGAAUACACCCUGAAGUCCAAACUUGCACGAGAAAUCGCCCGUACGGCCGCCGGUGUGGGGAUGCGGGAGGCAAAGGGGUUUGGUAUUCGAAUCAAGAAGACCGUGCAGGACCACGUGGACAGCGAGAUUACGGAUCCGGUUCGAGAUCUCCUAACCCAGAAGCUCUCCGACGAAAUCACGGCCUCUGCCUACCGCGCACGCACCGCAAAGGCCAGCUUGCUCGGGGCAGCGAGAAAAUUCUGGCGCCACGUUCACGAUCCACCUUUGGACGUGAAAACGCAAACUGUUGAUCCAAAGAAGGUGGGGACGGUUGUCGACGGAAUCCCGCUUGCCGAUUGGCUGCGCACCAACCAGAGCAUGGGGGUAAAUUUUGGGGAGCCAGCCUCGCUGACGGAGGGGUUGUGAGUAAGGCGAGAGUCGGUUGCGUUUGACGAAAUUUUUUUCUUUUUUUCUUUUCCCGCUCACCUUAAGAAGCGCACUCGCAAUUCUUUUUUGCUUUUCCAUUUCAACAAGCAGAAGAAAAAGACACGGACACAAAGGACUCACCGGCGCUGCAACAUACGAUGCAGCACUCGGCGUGAAGCACGCAGUAAGGAAAAGCAAAACCCAAGUAUGCACACGGCGUCUUUUCUCGAGUGAUUUAAAACAACUGUCUGAUGUUCAUCGUCAAAAGCCCUUAUUUCCCCACGAAGGCC